CCAUGUAGCAUUCAGAUGGGAACCUUCGGGCUCGUCUACCAUUUUGACCAAAGAGAAACUCCAACUUCAAAAGGAAAAGAUCUUUGCGUUGUGAUUUUCCUGUUUUAUUUGCAAUAUAUAACUCCUCGGUGCCAUAAAGAUAAAAUGGAAAUUAUCAGUUUCGAUCUUUCAUUCAAUCUUUCCGCUGGAUCUGUCGCCGUUUCUUCGGCGAUACCGAAACUACUGGAGGCUUGGAAUUAAUUUCAAAGAUAUGAGACAAGGAAAGGAAAACUAGAAGAAGAAGAAGAAAUAAGGGGAGUAAUUCAACAAGAGGAAAGCAAAAUGGACUUGCCAUUUGCCACAGAUAAAGGUUAACAUUUGCUGUCCUCCAGCCUUGUAAAGUUCAAGAGACCCUGACAUAAUCAGAAGAUAAAUUGGCUUUAAUCAGCUUCCAAGGAAAAUGGUUUCCACUUCUAGUCCUAAUGGAAAAUGUGCCAAUGAAAUUCAGGAAGAAUUAGGACAAGCUACAGCUCAGAAUUGGACAAAAAGUCAGAUCCCUCCCAACAUGAGUACAUCUCGUAGAGGUUUAUUAGAUGAAAAAGAGCAAAGGAGUACGGUUGUAGAUUUUCUCAGAGCCUUUCCUAAAAAAGCCAAGUAUUUAAAACUCGGGCCGUCGCCAUCAGCCAAGUUCUGGCAGUUUGCUGAAGAAAAGGAUGAGAUUUCUCGUGCAGUUCCUUCUGCUGAUCAAAUCCACUCUUCAAGGUUCAGCAUAUCAUUUGUUAGGAAAAUUGAUUGGGCAUUUUUGUGGCAACUCUCAAAAGAAUGGAUUAGAGAUCCAAUGAAUAUGGCUCUCUUCGUUUGGAUACUUUGUGUUGCCAUCUCUGGUGCUAUUUUGUUCAUGGUGAUGACUGGAAUGUUAAAUGGUGUAUUACCACGGAAAUCCCAGCGGAAUGGUUGGUUUGAAGUCAAUAACCAAAUCCUAAAUGCUCUAUUUACACUUAUGUGCCUCUAUCAACACCCAAAGAGAUUAUAUCAUCUUGUACUUCUGAUCAGGUGGAGGCCAGAUGAUGUUCUGAAACUUAGAAAAGUGUAUUGCAAGAAUGGAGUAUAUAAACCAAAUGAGUGGGUGCAUAUGAUGGUAGUAAUAUUUCUUCUUAAUUUGAAUUGCUUUGCUCAGUAUGCUCUGUGUGGUCUAAACUUGGGAUACCCUCGAUCAAAGAGACCUGCCAUUGGAGUAGCUGUCUGCUUAUCUGUUUCAAUUGGAGCACCUGCUUUUUCUGCCGUCUAUAGUAUGCUGAGUCCUCUUGGUAAAGACUAUGAGACUAACGUUGAUCAAGAAGCACAUACCCUGGAGAGCAUUUCAAGUGAAGUUAGCAAGCCUGCUCAACUCCGCCUUAAGUCAUUUGAAAGGAAAUAUUCAUUUGCACUGCAAGGAAACCAAAGGGUUCCAGAGAGCAAUCCACAAUGGAUUGGAGGAAUUUAUGAUUUGUGGGAUGAUAUUUCACUUGCAUAUCUGUCAGUCUUCUGCAGUUGCUGUGUUUUUGGAUGGAACAUGGAGAAGCUUGGGUUUGGUAACAUGUACGUGCACAUCAUGACUUUCUUUCUCUUCUGCAUUGCUCCCUUCUUUAUCUUCAACCUUGCUGCCGUUAAUAUCGAUAAUGAGGCUGUCCGAGAGGCGCUGGGAAUAGCUGGAAUUUUGCUUUGUAUAUUUGGUUUGCUUUAUGGCGGCUUUUGGAGAAUUCAGAUGAGGAAGAGGUUUAAGCUUCCAGGAUAUACAUUCUGUUGUGACAAACCUUCAGUUACUGAUUGCUUUCUGUGGCUUUGUUGCUGCUCAUGCGCUCUUGCUCAGGAAGUGAGGACAGCAGAUUACUAUGAUAUUGUAGAGGACAAGUUUUUCUUAAAGCAAACGAGCGAUGACAAUGGCUUUCCAGUUUCCCCUUUGCGUCGUGAGGAUGCUUUGCCUCUAUAUAUUUCAAACCCUAGCUCACCUUAUCGUGGAAACGGGAGUUCACAGAAGAUGACAGAGUUAUCAACUCAGGCAAGGUCUCCAAGCAGGUUUGCUCCAGGGAGUCCCAGUUCUUCCCACAGAGGAAACUCCAUUCCAUUAGAGAUGUUGAGAGAAUCAUCAACUCCGACGAGAUCUCCAGCUAGGUUUGCUCCCGGAAGUCCUUUGCCAGUGGUAGAAGAAGAUGAAUCCUUCAACGGCUCUAUUGAUCCUAUGAAACCGCCAGUUUCUCCUCAGAUACAGAGAGAAGCUGGUCCAAUGCCAUAAUCUGUAUGGAUUUUAAGAGCAAUCCUGUAAGUAUGUUUUAGACAGACUAGUUCAAUUCUUAUGUUUUCGAGCCUUAAAAUGAUUCUGCUAGUGUUACAAUAAUAUUUCCUUACAUUACAUGAAAACAUCAUAAUUUUUU